CCCACGGUCCGAUUCAAAAUGUUUGAGUCGAAUUUGCUCAAGAUGCGGUGCACACUAAUAUUUGUUCUUUCGGUUUUGAGCCUUGCCUGUGCUGCUCCUCCAAGAUCGGACAAUGAGAACCUCUCUUAUUUUCUUCGCUAUGUCGAGACCAUUCGUGGCAUUCAAAUUCACAAUAUGCUGGUCGUGACAGUUAAGUUUGUCGAGCAGGUAGUGAAUAGCGUGCCGGUUGAACAUCGUGGACCAGGAUCACAUGUCCUUGAGACCUUUGCUAAUCGCGGCAGGGCCCUUCAACAGCGAGGCUCUACUGCUGAGAAAUACGUCUACAUCUAUGAUCUCCAAGAGGUGUUUGAAGGACUUAAGAACAAUUUAAGUCAAUCGUCACCCGAGUCUCAAAAGAUUGGAAUGAGCAUUAUCGGUUUACUGGGCGUUGCCAGUGAAUUCGCCAAGGAGGAUGAGAUGGUGCAUAAUAAAUUCGUCGAAGGUGCUACUCGACUGAAAACGAAGGUGUCUCCGGCAACCAUUGCCCGGGAGAGUGAGCUUUUUAAUGCUGUCAACAAAUACGUAACUUCUUCUGAUGUUCAGCAACAUGAAACACUCAUAGAAGAUGUCCUGCGCUUCAAAAAUAGGUACUAAACUUUUGUAAUUAGUGCAAUUAAA